CCAAUCGUCAGUGCAGCCCCGCAGGACUACAACAAGGCUGGGAGUGGGAGGGAGGACUCGGGAAGCAAAACAUGGCGAAAUAACAAGUUUGGCUGUUAGCCGCUUUUUGAAACUGCACCGUCUCUGUAGUGUUGGACUACAACUACAAGUUCAUAAAAUUUGGACUCUGGGGAACGACGGCUACGCUACUUUAAAGAGUCGAGGGCCCCGGUUUACAAGUAUUACGGUGGCUGGCGAGAAAAUAGUGCCUGUCUGUCUGCCCGGAAGGUUGGCAGUGCUAGGCGCGACUGUCAACACAGAAAAUGGAUGAAGAAGGAAAGUUUAUUCUGGAAAAGACCAUUUUAGCCGACUAGCUUAGCAACGUUAGCUAGCCAGUUACCGUUUGAUUGAUUGCACGCACCUGACUCGGUGUUCGAAUGAACGUGCGCUCUGCUCGAGGAAGAUUUAAGUCGUGUUAACAAGUUUGACAACUGCAGUCCUGAAGAAGCGUAUUUCAAACGAAGCCGUUAUUUUUUUGUUUUCCACACCUGUGUUGAUAUUCUGGGAGGACGUGUAUUUCAGGCUAAUAUUGACAGCCUGACAGUCGGUUCUGGUGCGGUGCGGACGGACCCGGACGCCAUCACAUCAGACAUUGCGUUCUCCUUUUAAAAACAACCACUGCGCUGCUAAGCCGUUAAUGUCAUUUCCCACUUUAACAGCGUAACAAGGAAUGUUUCUGUGGCACAGCGGACAUAUGUGGUAGUUUUUCUCCGCGACACGCAUCAUUUUGUUAGCUGAAUGUUGCACAGCAGUGAAGACGCGGCGUCUUGUCAAAAUGAACGCAGCAAGGUGUUCAACAACAGUGGAGGUGCAUCGCAUUGAAAACCUGCCAGUUGUUAGAUCGGUACCGAUGGCCGGCUAACGGUGACGUUAACAGUUUGUUGAGAUCUUUUAUUUCAAGUUGUGUUCUCACCAGAUAUUGCAACCGGCAUUUCUGUAAAACAACUGCGGAUAACAUUAUAGCUCUCGGCCAGAGUUGACGUGAGCUAGCCAGCUGGGUGCGUCUGUGGCAGCUCUAUCUGCGAUGUGUUUGCUAAUCUAAGUGCUACCGUGUUGUUCCGCAACAGUUUCAGCACCCCGGGCAGCUCGUUUGCUAUAUUUAAUCUACAGAUAAGGCCUUUCAAUCUCGGCUCAGCAGCCACUUCAAAUUUCCCCAAGUACUUCUUGUCAAAUAACUGGCUAACUUGGUAGCUAAGGUUCUAAGUUUCGCCAGCUAUGUCUGAAAACGCCCCCACACGAAGCCUGGAUGACAUAGACCUCGCAGCUCUGAGGGAUCCAGCAGGAAUCUUUGAGCUGGUUGAGGUAGUCGGCAAUGGGACAUAUGGACAGGUGUACAAGGGCCGUCACGUGAAGACGGGCCAGCUGGCUGCCAUCAAGGUGAUGGAUGUCACAGAAGAGGAGGAGGAGGAGAUCAAAGCAGAAAUCAACAUGCUGAAAAAAUACAGCCACCACCGCAACAUAGCCACGUACUACGGUGCCUUCGUCAAGAAGAGUCCACCAGGACAUGAUGACCAACUUUGGCUGGUGAUGGAGUUUUGUGGGGCGGGAUCGGUGACCGACCUGGUGAAAAACACAAAGGGCAGCUCUCUAAAGGAGGACUGGAUUGCCUACAUCUGCAGAGAGAUCCUAAGGGGCCUUUCUCACCUCCACGCCCACAAAGUUAUCCACAGAGACAUCAAGGGUCAGAACGUGCUGCUAACAGAGAAUGCAGAGGUCAAACUUGUUGAUUUUGGGGUGAGUGCUCAGUUGGAUCGGACUGUUGGGCGUAGGAACACCUUCAUAGGCACACCUUAUUGGAUGGCACCUGAGGUUAUUGCCUGUGAUGAGAACCCUGACUCCACCUAUGACUACAGGAGUGAUAUCUGGUCCUUGGGGAUCACCGCCAUUGAGAUGGCAGAGGGAGCACCUCCUUUGUGUGACAUGCACCCGAUGAGAGCCCUCUUCCUGAUUCCCAGGAAUCCCCCUCCGAAACUUAAAUCCAAAAAAUGGUCCAAGAAAUUCAUUGACUUUAUAGAGGGCUGUCUUGUGAAGACAUAUACCAGCCGACCAUCCACAGAGCAGCUUCUCAAGCACUCCUUCAUCAGGGACCAGCCCACUGAGCGCCAGGUCCGAAUUCAGCUCAAAGACCAUAUUGACCGUACACGCAAGAAAAGGGGAGAGAAGGAAGAAACAGAGUAUGAGUACAGUGGUAGUGAUGAAGAGGAUGAAAAUCGUGGAGAUGACCGAGAGUCAAGUUCAAUCCUCAAUGUACCCGGUGAGUCUACCCUGAGGCGGGACUUCCAGCGUCUGCAGCAGGAGAACAAAGAGCGCUCGGAGGCUCACAAGAGGCAGCAGGCCCAGCUAGCUGCUCAGCGCAGAGACCCUGAGGAACACAAGAGGCAACUGUUGCAUGACCGGCAGAAACGCAUUGAAGAGCAGAAGGAACAGCGUCGCCGACUUGAAGAGCAACAGAGGAAAGAGCGAGAGAUGGUGAGGCAGCAAGAAAAAGGUCCCCAUCGGAGACUCGACGAUAUGAGACGGGAGGAAGAUAGAAGGUUGGCUGAGAGGGAGCAGGAGUUUAUCAGGCAUAAGUUAGAAGAAGAGCAGCGGCAAUUAGAAAUCCUUCAGCAGCAGUUGCUUCAGGAACAAGCACUGCUUAUGGAGUAUAAGCGCAAGCAGCUGGAGGAACAGCGUCAGUCAGAGCGACUGCAGAGGCAGCUGCAGCAGGAGCAUGCCUACCUGGUGUCUCUGCAACAACAGCAGCAAGAAAAGAAGCCCCAGCUCUACCACUACAACAAAAACCUGGAGCCCAACAACAAACCGACUUGGGCCCGUGAGGUGGAGGAGCGGAGUAAGCUCAACAGACAGGGCUCACCCAAAAUCUGCACCACUGUCUCUGACACUGCCAUCCAGUCACGCUCUGACUCAAUCAGCCAAUCAGGAGUGGUCCAGUCUGCUCAGACCCCACCAAUGCAGAGGCCUGUUGAACCCCAAGGGGGGCAAGGAAAGUUCCAGAUGGCUCACUUGGUUCCACUGAAGCCUUAUGCUGCCCCUGUCCCUCGUUCCCAGUCCCUCUGUGACCAGCCCACUAAGACCAUGUCCGCAUUCCCCACCCAGGAUCCCUCCCUUACCCCCACACCCCGUCCCAUCCACUCUAGAGAGCUGGUGCGUCAAAACUCAGACCCCACUUCUGAAACCCCGGCACCACAGGUACACCAAAUCAGAGAUGAUCGUGGCCCCUGGAUCCGCCUGCCAGAUGUGGAACUCCCACCUAAGAUUCCCCAGAGGACAGCGUCUAUUGCCACAGCUCUCAACACUAACCUGACGUCUGGCAUAAGACAUCCAGUACGAGCCAGCAACCCAGAUCUGAGCCGCAAUGAUCGCUGGGAGAGAUCGGACAGUAUGAGCAUCAUAUCCAAUCUGCCCCAGACUGGCUCUCUAGAGAGGCAUCGCAUCCUCAGUUCCUCCAAAAUGGAUUCACCCAUUAUCUCCCAUGAUAGUCGUCAUAAGCCAGGGGAGUCUCGCACCUCCUCCCGCCCUGGACGCCCUGCUAGCUACAAGAGAGCUAUAGGGGAGGAUCAUGGCCUCUUUGCCAAGGAGCGUGCAGAGGAGCAGCCAAGGCCCCCGGUCAAGGCCAACGAUUACUCGUCCUCUUCAGAGAGCAGCGAGAGCAGUGAGGAGAGCGAGAGUGGCGAGGGAGCAGAGGAGGAAGAAAGCCCCACAGAUCGUCACAGGGACGCAGACACUGAUUCAGUCAACACCAUGGUGGUUCAUGAAGAUGAAGGCGAGGGGGGAGAGGGCGAGCAGGCUGGAGGCUAUGGGGAUCAGACCAUGCUGGUGCAGAGGACCCCAGAGAAGAGGAGCCAUAAUGGAUACACUAACUUGCCAGAUGUGGUGCAGCCUUCCCAUUCCCCCACUGAUUCAGCCACUCACUCCUCCCCUGGGAAGGACUCUGUUUAUGAUUAUCAGUCCAGAGGUUUGGUUAAAGCAUCUGGCAAGUCCUCCUUCACCACCUUUGUGGAUCUGGGCAUGUACCAGUCACCAGGAGGCACUGGAGAUAACAUGUCUGUCAGUGGCUCCAGGUUUGAGCAGCUGAAGAUGGAGGUGAGGAAAGGAUCAAUGGUGAACGUCAAUCCCACCAACACACGCCCCCCCAAUGACACACCGGAGAUCCGCAAGUACAAGAAGAGGUUCAACUCUGAGAUCCUGUGUGCUGCGCUCUGGGGUGUGAACCUGUUGGUGGGCACAGAGAACGGUUUGAAGCUGCUGGACCGUAGUGGUCAGGGAAAGGUUUACCCUCUCAUCAACUCCCGCAGGUUCCAACAGAUGGACGUCCUGGAGGGUCUCAACCUGCUCAUCACCAUAUCAGGCAAGAAAAACAAGGUGCGUGUCUACUACCUGGCCUGGCUGAGGAACAAGAUCCUCCACAAUGACCCUGAGGUGGAGAAGAAGCAGGGCUGGACCACUGUGGGAGAGAUGGAGGGUUGCGUGCACUACAAAGUGGUGAAAUAUGAGAGGAUAAAGUUCCUGGUGAUUGCUCUGAAGAACGCGGUGGAAGUGUAUGCUUGGGCGCCCAAACCUUAUCACAAAUUCAUGGCCUUCAAGUCUUUUGCAGACCUGCCACACAGGCCUGUCCUGGUCGACCUGACAGUGGAGGAGGGUCAGAGGUUGAAGGUCAUCUAUGGGUCUUGCGCAGGCUUCCACGCAAUCGACGUGGACUCCGGAAACAACUAUGACAUUUAUAUUCCUGUUCAUAUCCAGAGCCAUGUGACACCGCACGCAAUUGUGUUCCUGCCCAGCUCAGACGGCAUGGAGAUGCUGCUGUGCUACGAAGACGAGGGCGUCUACGUCAACACCUAUGGACGCAUCAUCAAGGACGUGGUUCUACAGUGGGGCGAGAUGCCCACAUCUGUUGCUCAUAUCUGCUCAAAUCAGAUCAUGGGAUGGGGAGAAAAGGCCAUUGAGAUCCGUUCUGUGGAGACCGGCCACCUGGACGGUGUCUUCAUGCACAAAAGAGCUCAGAGGCUGAAGUUCCUUUGUGAGAGAAAUGACAAGGUGUUCUUUGCCUCUGUGCGGUCUGGAGGCAGCAGUCAGGUGUACUUCAUGACGUUGAACAGAAACUGCAUCAUGAACUGGUGAAGGAACAGCUGCUCUGGUCAGUGUGAGGAACCCAGCAGGGUUCAGAGAAGGAAGUGCAUCUGAAAUUCUCGCAAACGCAUGCACACAAAUGUGAACACCUCUCUCCCUUUCUCUCCAACGUGCUCUCACUCACACACUCAUGCUCCAGAGACACACACACGCACACACUCUCAUAUAAAAAGAACACACACACACACAUACACAAACAAUCUUUCAAUCCAUUCCAGCCUACAUGUACACUCCUUAAGAUACAGUUUCUACAGAGGCCCCUGAUAACAUUCUCCCUGGAACCAUCAUGAAAAAUCACUGAUGAGCUUCAAAUGUUUAUACCAUCUAUUAAUUUGUACUGUAAAUAUUCUUGUCUUGAUUUACUUUACUUGGUGGACCCGUGUUCAGUCGUAACUAUUUAGUUCCUAAUUGUGAAGUAUGUUGAAAACAUUCCUCGAUGGUUCUACAGUACGUUCUGAAGAAGGCAUUAUUUACCAAUACUGUAUGUUGAAAUGAAGCUGUAAAUAGGUAGCACCUUACACUUAGAUCUGAAUCAUUUGCAGGGCUCUUAUAUAGCCUCCAUUCAGUGUGUUGCCACCAGACACAUGGACGUCAAAUAAUAAAAUGCUGGAGCGCCCAUCUGCAGUGGCUUGUGGACCCCCGAUGCUUUGGGGUUCCCACAAUUUCAGGGAGGCUUAAAGGAAGGAUUUAGUUCAAAAAUAUUACAAAGGGAUGUCAAAGUCAGGAUAAAGUAGCUUGUUGAAGUAUUUUUAGUUCUCUAUAGUAGACAGUAACCUGAAGUCCGGCUUCCACUAACUUUGUCUGGCCUGAAUGGCAAAUGAUGUUGCAACUUGUAAUCACAGCAAGUAAGCCUUGAAUGCUUCAAAAGCAAAACCGAUUUUAGUUUGAAAACGGAAAUGAUAAAACCAAUCAGAAGUCUCAUAAAUGUGCAGUACUCCGAAUCAUUAAUGUGAAAUCUCCUGCUUUGCCUUUUUUCUAUGGUUUGGGUGAAGCCAUUCAUUAUUUGACUCAUCAGGCUUGUAUCUAAACUUUUUGUUUUCCUAGAUUUACAAAAUACAAAAAUUUGUUAUUUAUAUGUAGUGAUUCUGUAUUGGUAUUAGCCUACUGGUAUUCUUAAUUUUACUGUAAUUAUAUUGCCAUUAUAUUGCAAUAUAUGCUAUUUUGUGGAGUCUUUGUUUGAAGAGGGGAGUUUGUGUAUUCGGCUGGUAGUGUUUGAGAGUAUGGUGAGACCUUUGGAGGAGAGAGGGGACGGGAUAUUUGUCAGGAAAGGAGGACUUUGGAGAAAGAGGGUGUCACCGAGAUUAUAGUGAUUAAGGGAGAUCAUUUUCGUGGUCCUUUCACCCUCCUACCACAGUGAUCUACUCUACUGUAUUAUAUUUCAGUUCUUAGACUAUUUCGUUAGUGUGGAUCUUUUUGUGAGAAGUGUUUGUUCAGGGGAUUGCAGUAGAACAGCUCUCAGUGUGGGUACAGUUCAUUAUUUGUCUUAGGUCAGUGGAAAGAUUUAAUGUAGGGUGACUGCAAUACCACAGAGGACUCCAUCUCAUCAGGCACUUUGGAGAAGACGGCUGGAACACAUGAGACUUAAUAUAUUUUAUAUCUAUACAUUCUGCCAAAGUUCACAGCAUAUUCUGCAACGGGGGUAUGAAUCAAGGCCAAAGGCAAAAGAGCUUAAAGGCGACUACGGGAGUUUGAGAGGAAACUCUGUCUGCAGAUCACUAACCAAUGUUCCUUUCUAUUUGUAUUUCUAAAACGUCAGCUGAUUUUUCACACAAUAUUAAGGUCUUUAUUAGCUGCUUGAGAUUUCCUGUAGAUUUUGAUAGUUUCUCUCCUCUCCUUUUUUAUUAGAUUUGCUUUUGUUAGGCAGCUGCAUAAGGGAGAUAACCGUGUGCUCUCAUACACCAGGCAGUACGGUAGUGUGAGGCUGCAUUAUCAGGAAGUAGCUUAGUGAUUUUCUGUCAGCACUGGGUAGGUCGACAUGUGAAUCAGCCUUUUUGUUCAGUGAUUCACACAGUGUUGCAACACCGCUGUGUUUCCACAGCGCUUUGAUAUCAACAGGUGGACAUUUUAAAGUCAAGAUGUUUUUUUUUUUCACUCCUCUCUUGAGUCUUAUCAGCAUGGAGUUUGGAAAAUAUCUACAUUUUUUGUGAAGUUAGUUCAUGUGCUUAUAAAUAGAAGCUGACAUGUUAACUGUAUUUUUUUUUGUUGUUGUUGUGAAGCUGCAAGUUCAAAAAGCUUUUGAUUUCAUGACAGGAAUCUCGGCUAGUGAUCAAUGGGAUAGUCUGCGGAA